UGAUGAUUCGUCCAAACAACCAUCGUUACUUCAAAAUGUUCAAGAGUCUCUUAGAGAUACAGCUUCGAGCGCCGCUGAAACGGUGAAAAACUUAAUUUGGAAUGCAACGCCAGAAAGUGAGUCGACUGGUGAACAACCAGAACAACAACAAACAUCCACUAAAGACAAACAAGCUAAACAUGUUGACACUAAUCGGGCUGACCAGAACGUGUUGUCGAAUGUAUCAUCAGCGGACAGUGCCAGCGAAACAAGAAUCUCUUUUUCGGGUGAGAAAAUUUGGGAAGAUCAGCCGAACACUGGAAGAAAAGACGAACCUAUUGUUGUUGAAUCGGUAUCAAGUAUGACUGAGCAAGAGCCAGCUGGAGCGGUUACUAAAAGAAAAAAAAAGAAAAAAGUUAAGGAAGUUAAAGACGACCGACCAUAUGUAAUGGAAGGUACGCAGGACGUCUUGGCUGUGCCCCUGAAAGCUACGAAUGAGUUAGUCUCAAAAAUUGUCUCAACGGUAGAAUCUUCGUCCGAUGGUAAAACCACAGAGAUAUUUUCGAGUAAGCCGGAGAAAUCUGUUAAUGAUACAACUGCUGUUGCACUCACAUCUGAGGAAAAUUCACACGAGAAACCAGCGGGAGAAAACAAUGCUGAUGGAGAUUCGAAUAAGCAACAAGCUGUAUUGGAAACUCGACAGCAAACGAUUAUCACGCCGUUCAUAAAUUCCGAUGAAAAGAUCCAAAAUGUUAUUUCUAACUUUACUGAUACUCCACAGUCAGAUGCACCUCAACAAUUAAACGAUAGUCAAAAUACUGAGAAUGUUAUUAGUGACGUCAUGAAUUCUCAAAAUCAACAACAGGAAAUAGUCGUACAUGAUUUAACAAAUAUAAUGUCUGAAAUUUUGAAAAGUUUACCGGAUUCUCGUGCUGAAAUAAAGUCAGAGCCCGUCUCCGUUUUAAAUAUCGAUGAAUUAAUCCAAAUAGUACAACACAUCAAUGAAUCAGUUAUAGAGAAAAAUGUCAUUGAUCCACAACGAUUAACAAAUACGACGAACGACGCGAUUAAAGCAUUGAACGAAUUACCAGAAAACACACAAUCAGUAUCGGAAUUAGCAAAUAUUGUUCAACAAAUUGAGCUUAGACUAUUAGAGUCGAAAAACAAAGAUAAUAUUACAGAGUUAUCAUCAGAAUCUAGUAAAGGCGCAGCAGCUGAACAACGACCAUCUGCACAUCCAUUCCUCGAAGAAAUAAUGAAUAACAUAAUAUUAUCCAAGAGCAGCUCGAGUGAUGAAAAUAAACUAUUAGGACAAACAACUACUACAACGAUAUUUUCGCCGUUUUCUUCUUCUAAUAUCGAUUCUUCUUAUAUUUUACCGAAAUCGAAUACACAAGAAAAACCAAACACGGCAUUGGCUGAUACAUUUGACGACAUUAAAAGUACGAAACAACCUAGACGAACAGAACAAAUGUUAGAAAGUACACUUCAUCCAAAAGAAGAAUUAGAAGAAAAUAAAUCUUCUAUUAGUGCUACACCAUCUUCGUCGAUUAUUGAACAAAGUACCUUGUUAAUUAACCCUGUUACGCUCGUUGCAGAUGUUUUUCGGCAACACUUUAAAUCUAAUCAGAAAGAUAACCAGAUCGGCACUACUGCACCGAACAUUGAUCAACAUUCGAAAAUAAUCAAAGAAGUGGAUGAAAAUACUCUUAAACAAGAGGUCAAGAUGAACGAAAGCAGAAUACCACAAAAUGACACUCUCAGUUCUUCCAAACCAAUACCAUCUGAGAAGCAUGAUGAUGAUAAACAAAAUGUGGAGAAUACAAAUAAAAACCUUUCAUUAAUUAUUUCUUUUCCUACCGAACCACAAGUAACAGAGUUAAUACAAAAAAUCUCAAAUCAAAAAGAAAAAUUAAAAACUCAACGAGAGGGUACUACGAUUUCUUCGGCUGUACAACAACCCUCUGAAACAUUAGCAACAUCAACGGUAACGUCAAAAUCUACUGAAAAAGUACCGUUAUUUGAAUAUACUCCUAUAUCCGACGAUACUGCGGUAAAAUCGGAAGAGUAUGCCCAUAUGCCUCAACAACCGUUGCAGUCACAAGCCACAAAUAAUAUUUCAAAAACAAGUGAUGAUAUUAUGACUGACUUUCAUUCACUAAAAUCAACCGAAACGUUCGAAUCAGAUACAACCAUUGAGGAAAAAGUUAUCCAUCCAAUAAUUUCAAUAAAUGAUGAUAAAGCUGUUGAAAAUACUAGUACGACAUUUUUUGUUCCUGAUACAUCGCAAACAUCAAUUGAUGGCCAAAUCAAAGAUUUAUGGGAAAAUCGACAUUAUGCAUUAGAACAAAGUUUGUCGUCUCCAAUAGCGUCACCGAUGUUCAGCAGUAUUCAACAAUCGCCGGAGCUUCCGUUAAGUAAUAGCAAACUAGAAGCUAGCUUCGAACAGCAAAAAAUUCACGACGUAAAGUCACCAACGUAUUCUGAAAAACGGCCAAUACUCGACGGUGAUAAAUCCGGUGAGACAGACUUGAAUGCGGCUAUUCCAUAUUAUGAAAUUAAAGACAAGAUGAUUUAUGCAGAAGAAAAACCUGAUGAGAUUGUCAAUAACGAAUCCCAAAACAAUAUUGUUGCUUGGACGCAACAGCCCUCAACACACUAUAUAUCACCUGAUCUCGAUACUACGGAAACAUCGGCUAUUUCAUCUACGACUGUUCAAGAGAAACAAACUGAUCAAAAACCCUGUACAACUGAUAAUUACAUGGAUUAUUAUUUGGCUAGGCGAUAUGAUCCAGAAACAAAAAUGUUAGAAGAAACUACAGUGUUGGAUUCUUCAACGAAACAACCAAUGGCAAUAUCGAAGGAUGAUGUUGCAAAAAAUUUUGAAACGUCAAAUUUGCCGAUAACUGAAUACACACAAGUGUUCGGAACCAUGUCCAACUACGGUGAACGGCAAGAUGAUAUUUCCACACAACCCUCACUACUCGAUGAUAGUAAACUUGAAAUGAAUGUCACCGGCUUAUCUCAAAUAGUAAAUAGCAUUCAUAACGCAAAGGAACAAAUCGAAAAUAAAACUCCCCCGACAUUCUCUGAAAAAGCAAAAUUAAGCCCAGAUUCAUCACAUAUUAUUGAUAAAGAAGAAAAACCACAAAAAGCAACUAGCGAUUUAAUACAACACGAGCAAUCAAAAGAUGAAAGCGUUCAUAUUCAGAGUGUAUCGG